CUGAUCUGCAGCUGCUGUGACCCCUGUGACCUCUCCGCCGCGCUGACUCCGCCCCUCUGGUUGCAGGAGGACGAGGCGGUGAACGGGGUGUCGGAGCCCAGCCCCGCGGGGUCGCCGGGAGCCGCCCGUAAGGCCAAGCCCAGCCAGGCGGCGACGCUGCCGGCGAAGAGCCAGCAGGACGGCGCCACCUCUCUGCUGGAGGCCUUCCUGCACCGCAAACACGAGUGGGAGGGCCACAACAAGAAGGCCUCCAACAGGUCUUGGCACCACGUGUUCUGUGUGAUCAACCAGAGGGAACUGGGCUUCUAUAAGGACCAGCGCAGCGCGGCGCAGGGCGUCCCCUACCACAGCGAGAUCCCCGUCGGCCUGCAGGAGGCGCUGUGUGAGGUGGCGCUCGACUACAAGAAGAAGAAACACGUCUUCAAGCUCAAGCUCACGGAUGGGAACGAGUAUCUCUUCCAGGCCAAAGACGACGAGGAGAUGAACUCCUGGAUCUCGGCCAUCGUGGCGGCGGCGGGCUCCGGGGUGGAGGUGACCCCCAGCAGCCACAGCACGCCGGCCCCCGCCGCCCGCGCCCAGACGCUGCCGGCCACCGUGGCGGCCUCCACCGCCGAGUCCAGUCCUGGCAAACGGGAGAAAGACAAGGAGAAACGCUUCAGUCUGUUCAGCAAGAAGAAGUAGACGCUCCUCCUCCUCCUCCUCUUCCUCUCCUCCCGCCCCGCGGCUGUUUGGGGUCGCUCCUCGUUGUCCAUCGCCGACGUCCUCGUUUAUCCAGCUACUAGUCGGUUUGCUCCUAGCAGCUGCGAAGCUCAGAAUGUAGAUCUGUCUCUUUAAUCCAUCCUGAUGAUGAUUCCUAACAUUUCCUGAUCCCAAACAGCCUUCCUCCUCCUCCUCCUCUUCCUCCUCCUCUUCCUCUCAAAGCGUGACUCCAGCAUGCCAGCUCCGAGCCAAAACUCUCCACUCUGUGCCUCUAACCGUCCGGUGGCUCAGAGCUCCCGCUCAGCUGCGGCGCGGCGGGAACCUUUGCUAGGAAGGACAGAACCACCGUUAGCGUGUCCGGCAGCUGCUGUCCUACGGAUCGCCGCCUGGAGGAACUCCCACUCCGUUUUCCUUCCUGCUGUCUCUCGUCGUCCAGCUUCUCGUGUUUAAACUCCCGGUUCUCCUGGACGUUGUCGCUCGCUCCGGUCUGGCUCCAUCCUCGGCCGUUUCUGCGAGGCCUUGUCUUGGCAAGAUGCCGUGUGUCCCUGUGUAGAGGAGAACCUGGAGCAGGCGGGUCCGAAUGGACCCGCCUGCUGCUGCUCAGCCUGGGCUGACCGGGCUAACUGGGCUGACCGGGUUAACCGGGCUAACUGGGGUAACCAGGCUAACUGGGGUAACCAGGCUGACCUGGUUAACCAGGCUAACUGGGCUAACUGGGUUAAUCAGGCUAACUGGGCUGACCGGGUUAACCAGGCUAACCAUGCUAACUGGGUUAAUCAGGCUAACUGGGCUGACCGGGUUAACCAGGCUAACCAUGGUAACUGGGUUGACCAGGCUGAGUAACCAGGCCACCUGGGCUGUCGUGGCUAACCAGGCUAACCGGGUUAACCAGGCUAACUGGGUUAACAAGGCUAACUGGGCUAACCAGGCUCACCAUGCUAACUGGGUUAACCAGGCUGAGUAACCAGUCUAACUGGGCUAACCAGGCUAACUGGGUUAACCAGGCUGAGUAACCAGGUUAACUGGGCUAUCGAGGCUAACAAGGCUAACUGGGCUAACCAGGCUAACUGGGUUAACUGGGCUAUCGAGGCUAACAAGGCUAACUGGGUUAACCAGGCUAUCUGGGCUAUCGAGGCUAACUAGGCUAACCGUGCUAACUGGGCUAACCGGGCUGAGCAGCUGCUCGGGGCCGUCUAAUUCCUGCAGCAGCGUGAACGGCCUGCUUCAUCUGUAUGUAUAACUUGUGUAUAACAAACUGUUUAAAAUAAACUUGUGUUUAAUUUCUUCACUUAUUAGUACUAAUAAUAUGACCAACCGUGAUGAGCUUCAGUGAUUACGUAUGAAGGAGGAAACCGAAUGUUUAAUCAGUUUUCCAACAAUCAGUCAGGUUUCUUUUCUACUUGAUUUCUGAAACAUUAACCUCUGACCUUUGUUUAGUUUUGUGUCUCAGAGUUAAUCAGUCUGAGUUUGAAGAUGUUCUAUAAAGUAACUUUAAGCUGUUCAGUGGAUUCUUAAUGUCUGGAAGUGAAUAUCGGUCGCUCGCUUGUUGGCUUCAGCUCUCCGUCGUUUAAAGUGAAACCUGUUGGAGCUUCAUGUGGACGCUUCCGUACGGAGCUUCAUUCAUGACAAAAGUCACUCAAACUCAUUUGAAAUUUACCAGAUGUGGGAAAAGAUGCAACAUUAAAAACAUUUACUGACUCAGUUUCCCACAGUUCUGCUCGUUUUAACACGUUUUUGUUUGGGAUGUGAUUUAUGGUCCACAUUAUACAAGAAAACUGUUAAUUUGAUAACAAUCACAAUUAUUUCCUCAGAUUUCCAUAGUAACCGCCAUAAAAUUAAUGAUUUUUCCAAAUGAAUGCUCAUGUUUGUUAGAAAACUAUACAUUUUGGAUUUCUGGUUGAUGGUGGGAGAAUAUUUUUUCUAUGAAAAAGACUCUGAUUGGAAGAAAAUCACAGAGAAGCGGUCCUCCGGCCUGCAGGGGGCGCUUCAGGCAGCGGCUGAUUAGCAGCUUUUCCUCCAACUAAAAACGGAUCAUCAUAAAGAAGAAGAAUUAUUAGAUUUAAUGUUUGACGUUUGUUUCAGUGAUUUUGUCAUUGAUGGAGUUCCGUAGAGCCUGAAUUGAGUUGGUGUAAAGCAGCAGCAAUGAGGCCAAACAGGUCAAAGGUCAAUCAUUAAGGGGGGGCAGGGGGCUGCUUAAUUUUUUAUUAAUAUUAUUUUGUGCUAAAAUCAGGCAGUUUGAUAAAUAGUGCGCAUUCCUGUCACUGUAACCAUAGUAACCAGAUAUUUCUUCAUUCUGCACAACAGCGCCACGUUGGGGUAGGCGGGUGGGGGUCAUAGGUCAUGGGUGGGUGUGAUGUGGGCCGGGGGUCACUGCUAGUUGGAUCUGCACCGUAGAUUUCUCCCCGUCUGUCACAUCUGUGCAAAAAGCCAUUAAAAGCUUUUAAAACAAA